AAAAAACCCCAUUAAAAUCUGUAUCGUGUAUCCAGCAGUUUGUGUCCAACUGUCUAGAUGAAUGAAUUAUAGAUGAAGCCGAUACUGGAGAUUUGUUUAUUUUUCUUGGUCUUGUAACUGAAGACGGGGUUGAGAGAAAUAGAGGAAUACAUAAACAAUGGCUGCUAUUAUUGAAGAUGAGUAUAGGUUUACGUCACGUCGAUCACCAGUCAUCUCAAUACAUGGCCUAGUAUCAACCAGUCAACCUCUAGCAACACAGAUCGGUAUCGAUAUUCUAAAAGCUGGUGGUAAUGCCGCUGACGCAGCUGUAGCCGUAGCCGCAGCUUUAAAUAUAACCGAACCCUGUUCAACUGGUAUCGGUGGAGACGCCUUUUGUUUAUUCUACGAUGGUAAAACUAAAUCUGUCCAUGGUGUCAAUGGAAGUGGCAGAGCACCGUUGGCAGCUAAUCUGGAAUUAUACAAAUCACGUGGGUUUACACGUGACACGCCUGUACCAAUGAGACAUGGUUUAACUGUGACUGUGCCAGGCGCGGCGUCUGCCUGGGUUGACACUAUAGACAAACAUGGCAGCGGAAAGUUGACGUUAAAGGAGAUUUUACAACCCGCCAUUGAUCUCGCAGAAAAUGGAGCACCGAUUCAACAGACGACGGCACAUUUCUGGAACCAAGGUUGUCAUUUAUUGAAGGAUCCGAAGAAUAUACACGGCAAAGAUAUGUUAUUAAAUGGUGAACCACCUGCACAAGGUGACGUCAUUAAAAUGCCCAAACUAGCCAAUACAUUCAGAGUAUUAGCUAACAAUGGGAAAGAUGGUUUUUACAAAGGAAGAAUAGCCCAGGCCGUAGUUGACGUCAUAACUAAUCAUGGAGGAGUUAUGUCCCUUGAAGACCUUGCGUCACACAAGACCACUUACGAUCAGGCAAUCAGCGUUGAUUAUAAAGGUUAUCGUGUUUGGGAAAUUCCACCAAAUGGACAGGGCAUUGUGGCUCUGAUGGCGCUCAACAUACUCGAAAAGUGUGAUUUAAAAAAUAAAGGUCACAAUUCUGCUGAAUACCUGCACCUGUUAAUCGAGGCUUUAAGGCUAAGUUUCGCGGAUGCCCAGUGGUAUUGCGCUGAUCCCAGCGUAACAGCAGUGCCAAUGAAAGAACUUCUGUCUAAAGAAUAUGCAGCAACUAGAAGAAAUCUCAUUCACACAGAAAGAGCAUCAUCUGAUAUAAAGAAAGGUUCUCCAUUUAUAGGAAGUGACACUGUAUAUUUUACUGUUGCCGAUGAACACGGGAACGCCUGCUCAUUUAUAAAUUCUAAUUUUAUGGGAUUCGGUACCGGCCUUGUACCUGAGGGAUGUGGCUUUACCUUACAGAAUCGAGGUUAUGGAUUCAGUUUAGACCCAGAUCAUCCCAACAGAUUAGAACCCGGUAAACGACCAUACCAUACUAUAAUACCAGCCAUGGUUACCUCAGUCGAUACAGGUGAAUUAUUGUGUAGUUAUGGAGUUAUGGGUGGUUUCAUGCAACCACAGGGACAUGUUCAAGUUUUGUUAAAUAUGGUGGAGUUUCACAUGAACCCACAACAAGCUUUAGAUUCUCCAAGAAUCUGUUUAGGAGGCGGUUAUGGUUUAAGUGGUGAUUGUGGUGUAGAAGAAGGCAUCUCCGAGGGAACCAUUGAUAAACUGAAGUCUAUGGGUCACAAAGUCACAGGUCCGGUCAAAGGUUACGAGAGGUCAAUGUUUGGUCGAGGUCAGGUAAUUACCAAAGGAAGCUGGUGGCGCCAUGGUUCAUCGCCAACGGAUACAUGGUGGGGUGGGUGUGAUCCACGUGCUGAUAGUGUUGCCAUUGGAUACUGAAGAUUAAUCUGAUUCAAACUUUGAUUCAUUUCCUGUUGAGGUGAAACGAUUUAAGUAUUAAACACGUCAGUAUGUUUCA